AUGGUCAUUGAUUCGGGGCGUGAGUCUGUGGCGUACCAUGUCCAGGCGCCAAUGCAGGAAACCUCCAAGGCUCGCCAAUUGCCUGUAACCCUGCUUUCAGGGUUUCUGGGAAGUGGAAAGACAACGCUUCUGAAACAUAUUCUCAAGUCGCCGGACCAUGGUCUCAGAAUCGCAGUCAUUGUCAAUGACAUGAGCCAACUCAAUAUCGAUGCUGCUCUGAUCAAGAACCACAAGGUCUCUCAAACCACAGAGAAACUCAUUCAGCUGCAAAAUGGCUGUAUCUGCUGCACUCUUCGGGGCGAUCUUCUGUCUGAACUGGCACGUCUCACAAAGCAGAACGAAAUACAAUACGUAAUCAUUGAGAGCACAGGCAUCAGUGAGCCGAUGCAAGUCGCAGAGACCUUCACUGCGGAGUUCAGUUCUGCGAUGUUGGAAGCUGAAGAUCAGAUUGCGGACACCGAUGAAGAUGCAAAGAAGAUCUUAAAGGAAAUCGUUGAGUUGGGUGGAUUACAUACCAUGGCUCGUCUCGAUACCACGGUGACCGUCAUAGAUGCCUUCAACUUACUCUCCAAUUUUGACACCACCGAGUUCCUGUCUGAUCGGUACGGACGUGAUGAAAUCGUACCUGAGGAUGAACGAACCAUUUCCGACCUCAUGGUGGACCAAAUCGAGUUUGCCGAUGUGUUAAUCAUCAAUAAAAUCGAGACUAUUGAUCAAGCAACGCGCGACAAGAUCCAGCAGCUAAUAAAAUUGCUCAAUCCCGACGCCAAGGUUCUCAUGUCCAGUUAUUCUCAAGUAGAUGUUCGAGAGAUUGUCGCCACUGGCAAAUUUGAUUUCGUUCGUGCUGCAUCUGGCGCUGGUUGGCUUCGCAGUCUGCACGAAAUGACAAUGCAAAAGACAGGCAAUGGGGAUCGCAUGGCUCCGAAGCCAGAGACUCUAGAAUACGGAAUCAAUAACUUUGUAUAUUCCGCUCGGCGACCUUUCCAUCCUCGACGUCUUUUCUCCCUCCUACAUGACAAAUUCAUUGUCCUUCAAAAUAAUGAAACCGCAGAUGAUGAAGAGGACGAGGAUAUGGAAGACGAAAACGAUGAUGGAUCCGAAGAUGAAAUGGAGACCGACGCCGACUCGAUCCAAGACUUUGAUCAGCAGGAUCCCAAAGAGAUUCUUGCCAACAAGCGUGCACACCCAGCAUUUGGUCCCGUACUCCGCUCCAAAGGCUUUUUUUGGCUCCCCACUCGGCCAUUCCAGUUUGGUGAGUGGAGCCAGGCAGGCGGAAUGUUAACAAUGGGGUGCGGGGGCCCUUGGUUUGCCGAAGUUCCCGACGAGGCCUGGCCCGAAGAUGAAGAUGUUAUCAAAUCCAUCCAAGACGAUUUCCAGGGCCCCUGGGGAGACCGGCGACAGGAGCUCGUCUUCAUUGGGGGGGGAGUUGACCAAGAUGCCAUCUCAGCCUUGCUGGAUGAGUGCCUUCUGGAUGACAAAGAUAUGAAACAAUGGGAGAAAGUCAUGAAAAACAAAAAGCUGAGCCGAGAAGCUAAAACCAAGAAGCUGGCCAGCAUAUGGGAAGAUGGCUGGGAGGAUUGGCCAGCCUUUGAGAUUGAGGACGAGGAGGAGCUUGGAAAACACCGGAUUAGCGAGUAUCUGGGCCAUCAGCAUGGCCAUGGGAAAGGUCAUAAGCAUAACCAUCAUUAG